CAGACAUCAAGUAGCUAUAGAUACGUGUUAUUUAUUUUGGUUUGCAUUUUAAUUUACAAUUUAUAAGAAAACUUGAAACAAAAAUAUCUCAAAAGUAGUUUAUUAAAGGAAUAAUAAAUCAGAGUUGAAUAAAUUUAAAUAAAAUGGAGAAUUUUUUGACAAUUUUAUUUACAAUUUUUUAUUUAAUAAAUUAUACAAGUAACGUGUCUGCUUUUCAUGAUGGAAAUAGUGAAGCCUGUUACUCAUAUGCCGGGGGUACUGUUUAUCCUGCUGGCAGUCAACAUGCUGACCAUCAAUUACAUACAACUAAAGCAGUCAUUGGAAAACCUGCUCCUUUUUGGGAAGGAACGGUGGUUGUUAAUGGCAAGUUUGAAGAAAGAAAAUUGACUGAUUACAAAGGAAAAUAUCUUGUAUUUUUCUUUUACCCUUUGGAUUUUACAUUCGUAUGUCCAACGGAAAUUUUAGCAUUCUCUGAUAGAGUGGAAGAGUUUAAGAAAUUAAAUACUGAAGUAAUCGCUGCUUCAGUAGAUUCGCAAUUUACACACUUGGCAUGGAUAAACACUCCACGAAAAGACGGUGGCCUUGAUAAGAUAAAAAUUCCACUUCUUUCUGAUUUAAAUCAUAAAAUAUCAAAAGAUUACGGAGUUUAUCUUGAUGAUCUCGGCCACACAUUACGAGCAUUAUUUAUAAUUGAUGGAAAAGGUAUUUUAAGGCAAAUUACAAUGAAUGAUCUACCAGUUGGUCGAUCAGUUGAUGAGACUUUAAGAUUAGUUCAAGCUUUUAAGUAUACCGAUGAACAUGGAGAAGUAUGUCCAGCAGGGUGGAAACCUGGUCAAGAUACAAUAAUUCCAAAUCCUGUGGAUAAGAAGAAGUUUUUCGCUCAAAAUUUUCACUAAUGGUGCUAUUGUGACAUUUUUACAAUCUCUAUAAAAAUAAAAAUAUUUGUCGUCUUUUAUAAUUAAAUUUUAUAAACACA